AUGUUGAAAUAUAAAGAUUCGCACAGAAGUCAAACGUUGAAAUGUAAAGACAGUCCAAUGCAAACUGCAAGCACAUCUGUAUCAUCGUGCAAAAAUAUGAUUCAUGAUAUAGAAAGAUCAUUACAGUCGUGCAUUGAUAAAGGAAAUGGAUCAGCAAUUUGA